AUCUUUCUCAUCGUCAGUAGAGAAGCAAGAGGGUUUGUUGGUACAGACGGAUGAAGCACGAAAUCGAAAUGCCACAUUUAGCAAGAUGGUAUCAAGAAGUUGUGGCCUCGCGGAAAAAGCCACGAUUCGCAAAAAUAGAUAGAUGUCACAAACGUCGUCCGGCGAAAACAACGAUUUCCACCUUGUAUUCUCUCGGGAUCAGGCGAUUUAAUCAUGGCCGGGAUCUGUGGAUGUUUUGGGGCAGUCAAAUCUGCCGCGUCGUCCAAGCGACACGAAUACCGGCCUGAAGUCGAGAAGGAAAACAUGAAGGGCUUGGAUGGAGAAUCGUCUUCCGAGGAGGGGGACACGAGUCCGCCGCCGUGGGUGGCGGAUUUGGAAGCUACGGGUGCACGUUUCGAUCUCGAGGAGCUGCGGGCCAGCGUGGCGCGAAUUCGCACGCUGUCGCACCUGAGCAAGGCCCAGCGCACGGAGGUUUUCCGGCACGGGUUCGAGGUGCACAAGAUUGCGUCCUCCGGCACGGCUUUUUCCGGCGUCCCGGGGCUGUUUGUCGUCGUCGCCGGGAAAAUUGAGGAACGCCGUGUGUCGGACGGUGUGCUGGAGCGCCGCGUCGGCUACGGUCACCACCUUGGGGACUUCCUUAGUGGUGCUUCUUCAUCUAAGCUGGAGAAGAGCGGAGGCAGCAGAGCAGGCUCGUCGAUGUUGAACAACGCCAAUCAUCAUCAAGAGAUCGAAUUGAAAGCUGUGGGUCCUUCGGCGCACCACAAGGAACACGGGCGGCUUCUAGAAGAGGAGGGAAGUGCCGUGAUGCUGGGCGACAUCGAUGUGGUCAUGGAGGACCGAAUAACGGGGGAAUCUUCAGGAUGGCCCGUCAGUGAAGACGCGGACGACAUUCAUAGUGAAACAGAUCAUCACGAUGGGAAAAACAAGGAGAAAAAACGCGGGCCGGUGGUCGGGCUGCUACUGACACGCGAAAGCUACAAGGCGUUGCGGUUGCCGUAUCCCAAGAAGGGGAUCCGGCGCUCGCACAAGCUGGCCGUGGCCCCGGGGCCGCGACGCCGGUACCGGGACUCCGAGCUGUUCCGCUACCUGGCCGAUCGGGAGCCGUUAGGGGAUGAUCUAGUUCCGCUGGCCGCCGCCCCUCGCACCAGCAGGGACCACAGAGGACGCAACGAGGAGAGGACCGGAGAUGAAAUAAAGACCACCAAGGAAGAGCGCGACAUGAUAAUGCAGGCGCUGCGGGGAAACAAGCUUCUGAAGAACGUGGUCACCAACCGCGACAAGGCCUGGGACCUGUCCGGCAAGGCCAUCCGCGUGCCGUGCCGACCGGGGAAGAAGGUGGUGGUUGCGGGGGCGCUGGACUGCGAGCACUUCUUCAUCGUGAACAAGGGCACGUUCUGGGUGCACCAAGCGGAAAAAUACCUCUCCGCGGGGGAAAGUUUCGGCGAGCUGGCGCUGCUGUACCACCGGGCGCGCGAAGCCACCGUGCUGUGCACCAGCGCCAACGAUUACGACGAGGAGUGGGCACACGUCGAGGGGGAAGAGGAGGACGGUGACAACACUCCCGUCAAAAAAGAGGACGAAACGCCCGACAGCGCGGAACUGUUCGUGCUGCACCGCGAGCACUUUCAGGCGUAUCUGCAGGAGGAGACGAAAGCGGAGCAGCUGCGGGUAGCCGAGGCGUUCGCCGCGGCCUCGAAGACCUUUGGCAAGCACCUAACGGAGGAGGAACUGCACGCGAUUUCGGAAACGCUGGUGUACACCGAAUUUGAGCCGGGAACCGAGCUGCUGCGGCUGAGCGAGACGCUGGAAGCCAUGUACCUUGUCACGGACGGGGGGCUCAAGCGCGUGGCGCUCGACGCGGCGUUCGACGAGGAGCAGAUCUCGGUGCACGCGGUGAAUUGGGAGCGCGACCUGAGCUCGUGCUUGCUGCUGGGCGAGCAGGCGCUGUUGAAAAACACGGCCAGCGCAGAAACGGUGGUCUCCACGUCGCGCGUGCAAGCCUACUGCUUGCGCCGCAUCACACUGGAGCUGCUGAUGGGCACGGAGAAGCUCUCGUUCCUCCUGGACCCGGAGCGCAUGAGCGAGCGGCGGUCGACCAUUUCCGACCGGAAUUCCCUGGUGCUAAAUGAGUCGGAAAUGCUGCAGUACCAUUUGGAUGCACAGCAAUCCCGAGCCGGUGGGCAAUCCACGGCGAAGCGCGACACGGCGUUCCACAAACCCUGGCUGGAAAUGUCGGAGCUGCGGAAAGUCGGGUUGCUGGGGUGCGGGGCCUUCGGCGCGGUCACUCUCGUGAAAGACAAGAAGAAUCACUACUAUGCUUUGAAGCAGAUGAGCAAGGGGCACGUCGUGCAGUCGGGGCUGCAGCAGGCGGUGUUGAACGAAAAACGCCUCCUGCAAAUCGUGUCCGACUGCCACUUCGUCGUGAAGCUAUGCAACACCUACAAGGACAGCAGCAACCUGUUUCUCCUCAUGUCGCUCGCGCCCGGCGGGGAGCUCGGGAAAAUGUACGAGACCAACCACCUCCACGGCGUCGAUUGGUAUGUGCGGUUUCACACCGCCUGUGUGGUGGAGGCGCUGGACUUUUUCCACUCGAAGCACAUCGUGUUCCGCGACCUGAAGGGGGAAAACGUGUUGAUUGAUGCGAAGGGCUACGCGGUGCUGGCGGAUCUGGGCCUCGCGAAACUGAUCGUGGGCCGCACCUACACGUGUUGCGGCACGCCUCUGUAUUUCGCCCCCGAGGUCAUCUCCGGGAAGGGCCACAGCUUCGAGUUCGACUGGUGGUCGCUCGGGGUGGUGUUCUUCGAGAUGAACAUGGGCUUCACGCCCUACGAGGCGGAUUCCGUGGACAAGAUCUACAGCAACAUCAAGCGGAACAACAUCGCCGAUUUUGAGGAGAUGUGGUACGAGACCGGCGGCAGCUACGAGAGUUGGAGUUUCUUUUCGAACCUCUGCAAGUCGAACCCGCACGAGCGGCUGCCCAUGCGCAAGGGCAAGAUGGAAAACGUCCUGGUGCAUCCGUACUUCAUGAUCGCGCCCGAUGCGAACACGGCGGAAGCAGAUAUCGCGGACAACGGCUACAAGUACGUGGACGAAGAGGGCAACGUGGUGGAUCCGCCGCCCAGCACCACGAACAGCAAGGACACGCCUAAAUUCGGGUCCAGCAGCUCCACCUCGUCCCUGAAGAACAAGACGUUGCCGUCCCAACGCUUCUUCGACUGGCAGGCCCUGGAGGCCGGGCGGCUGGAGGGGCCGUUUCUGUCCAAAACCUGGUCGAAUCCGGAAUACAUGGUGUUCAAGCUCAACGUGAAUCCAAGCUGGAUGCCUCCACAAAUCCCCUACAAGGACGACGGCACACAUUGGGAUCGAGAAUUUUGAUCGAGGCCGUCAAUCUCAAUGAGAAUGAUUUGCUCAGAUUCAGAACAUUAGUUACUGAUGGAAUUCUCGUCACGCUGAUUAGUUGCAGAGCUAACACGCUCAACUUGUUAACUCGCCGCGUAAAAACCUGGCGUCUAUGAGCCUUGAUCAUUCACUAGGAACAAUAAAAGAGUGACUUCCUAGAAGCAGGAGGCUGCAUUGGUUUGCUUCUAAAGAAGAAGUGGACUGGAUUAGCAGGAUGAUGAUGUUGAAGCAAGUCAAGCGUCGGGUUUUGAAGCGUAUCUAUAAACAACUCCCUGUUCAAGGCUGAGGAUGCUGC